AUGCCCAAAAACGAAAAUUAUAAUGGUGCUCAACUGCCUCCUCAACCAAGUCAGCAAGAAGUACCAAUUUCCCAACCAUCGUCAUCGAUAUAUGUUCAGGGACAGAUGUUUCCUCCACAAUUUCAACCAGCUAUGAAUAUGACUACCGUGCAGCAGCAGCAGCAACAAUACCUACCGCAACCUUAUUCUCCAUAUGUACAGUAUCUGCAACAACAGCAUCAGCAACCACCACAGCAGCAGCACCACCAUCACCAACUACAAGUAUCACAACCACCGCUACUGCUUCCGGGACAACAAACGCCACUUCAACAACGAUAUAUGCCAACUUUGCAACAUCCACAUUCACCACUGUUACCCCACCACCAAUUAUCAUCGUAUCAAUCCCUGGUACAAUCACAACUACCGUUAAAUAACGUGGAGCAUCAGCAACAGCAUCAACAACAACCAUCGAUAUCGGCUGACCCGUCACAAGAAGAAUUUACUGCUACUCGAAACGCUUCAACAACAAGCCUAAAUACAGAAUCCACGAGCCACCAAUUACAACCUGUAUUCAAUUCCACCAUGCACAACAACGAAGCCCUGGAUCAAGCUGACCAAUCCAGCUCUGGUCCUUUAUCCAUGCAAUCACAGUAUCUGAUGCUAGGAACUAAUCAAGAUGUUUCUUCCUCUUCAGUUCCGACGUCAAUAACCCCUAUGGACAAAGAUAAACCGCCGGCCGAUUAUGGUACCACUACGACUGAUCCCAGUGCCUCAUCAUCAAUUGCAAAUCUUGGAUCUUCUUCCGCCACAGCUUUGCAUCGACAACCACCACUGAAUAUUGAGGGUAAUAUCUAUCUUCAUUCACAGUCCUCUGCUUCUUUAAACCAAGAUGAAGCUCAUCAACUGCUGCAAAUUCCAUCACACCCACUUCAAGUGCAACCGCCAGGUCAGUCACUGGUCCUCCAUCUGCAACUGCUGCCACUCUUGUCGCAGCUUCCUCAGUAUUCGCGCCAUCAACUGCACCACCAGCCAAUAAACACACAUCCUCACUUUCCUCAUCAGUCAGCAACACUACCAUUUGCCCCUUCAAAUUUAUCUACACUACCACCUCACCCAAUGGAUGUUUCUGAGUAUCCCGACAUGACUACAUUUGUCAAUUCCAACAUCAACUCCAUUCCGAUCCCGUUAGUUGAAGCACGGUUUGUUGAUCAUCGGACGUGUGAAAUUUGCGGCAAAAGAAUCACCCGCGACAUGUCAAGACAUAUGCGCACACAUCAAUCGGAAUCUCGCUUCACUUGUGAAUUCCCCAAACAACAAUGUCGACAUAAACUGGGCAAAUUCAAUCGGCCUUAUGAUUACAAGAAACAUUUGCUCAAUCGACAUUACCAUUUUGAUGAUCCUGAAGUGAAAAAAUUGCAUAAUUUGAGUGAUAAAUUGACUCAUUGGGGAACUUGUCCUUGUGGUUUGCGAUUUACGGGUGAAACUUGGUUAGAAGAACAUAUCCUAACUUCAGAUUUAUCAAAGAGGUGUCCAAUUCUCGAUCCAAAGUAG